GCCAAAAACAUCAUAAAAACAAACUUCAAAAGUGGAGAAAUUCUAAAUUCUUGUUUCGUCCUGAAAAAAAAAAAACCUUAAAAAAGUCUCGAGUGCUGCGUAAAUUAUUUUGUGACGUCACAGAAUUAGUGCGUUUUGUUAGUGACACCACUAACAACAACAACAACAACAACAACAUGGGACGCAAGAAACGCAAGCCAGAGCAGGACCAAGAACAACAAUACAAACAGCAUAAAGGCAACAAUCAAGGACGUCAACACUCCAAAAUGUUUUACAAUUCAAAUUCACGUCGAUCAUGGUCAAAUGAUCCCAAUUAUUUACCAUCAAUAACGAACAUGACGACAACGAACAAUUAUGAGAAUAAAUCCCAUGCAACAUCAGCAACAACAACAACAACAACUGGAAAUGCAAUUGCAACAACAUCAUAUGACAAUAUGCAACGACGCAACAGCAACAAUCAAAACAACAACAAACGUUACCCACAAAAAUAUAAUUUGGGGUGUAAUAAUGGAAAUGGUAACCUAGCCGGAGCAGGAGCAGGAGGAGCCGCCACAGCAGCGGAUAUCAUGACCACAAAUGGGACAAAUGGAGCAUACAAGAAUCCAUCGAGCCGCAAAAGUCGCUACAAUAAGCGUCAGCAACAACAGGAUCAGCAACAGAAACGCAGCGCGGAUACGAAAUCCACAUCACAGCCGGCGUCCUGGUUGAAGACCAAUUUCGGUCAUCAUUUCGUCACAUCAUCGUCAGUGACAUCUUCUUCAUGCAUCGAAGAGAAAUUCCUUGUGACCCACAAUCCGGGACAUCGUAAUAGCACCAGCAGUGAGGUGACUACAAGCAGUGAGGAUCUCGAUUCUAGUCGCGAACAUUUGAAUAGAUCAAAGGCUGAUGGCGGCACUGCCAAUCACAGCACCAACAACAAUGCCAAUAAUAAUAAAAAGUCACGAGCAAAACGUCAAUCGAAGCCGCCAGCAAAACCUGGUAAGAAUCCGCAGCAGCAACAGCAACAAACGCAGCAAGUAAAUAAAUCGAAAGCCACAGGAGCAACAGGUGCAGGAUCUGGUAAUGGCAAUGGUAACAAAUGGCGUCAGGUGAACAAUCAGCAGCAGCCGCAGCAGCAGCAGCCACAACAGCAACAACAUAAGCAGCGUUCGCAUCAACAGAAGAAGAAAAACGGCAACAAUUUGGCCAACAAAAGUCUUCAUCAGAUGAACAGCAGCAGCAGCAGUGGCAACAGCAGUUGCUCAUCCUCUGCUUUGAGUUCGCCAACCAACUCACCUGGCAAGCCUGGCAAACAGCAGCAGCUGCAACAUCUUCAUCACCAUCACCAAAUGCAAUUGCAUCAGCAUCAGCAGCAGCAACAGCAAUCUCUAUUGGAUUGGCCGGAGUUUGCAGCAAGCAACUUGAACUUUCAUGUUCCGCCGUUGCAACAGUUCGAGCAAAUGGAAAUGGAAAUGAAUGAUGCCCAUGCCCUGGUCAUGCAGCAGUUGCGUCGUCAUAUUAUCGGACAUCACUUGCUCCGGGUCUAUGGGUUUCCCGUCGAGAGUGUUGUCCACGAAGGUGCCAUCGAGAUUUUCAAGUGUCUGCCGCCUCAUGUGGGUAUGAAUCAUCAUGUGGAAUUGGCUGCUACUAAGCAGUUGCCCGUGACGGUUAUCAAUUGCCACGAUGGUCUAACAACAACAACAACAACAACAGCAGCAGCAACAGGCCCUGGCAUGAUGAGCAUGGACAAUGGAGCAUCGUCAUCCUCGUUCUCGACGUCUUUGUCAAGUGAUUCGGGUAAUAGCUCGCCUCGCAAUUUGGACUCGGAGAACUCAUCGGCUGGCGAAUGGAGUGGAAGCGAAUGUACGGGAGAUCUAGAGCUUGAUUUCUGUACUUCCGACGUCACUUCAUCAUCAUCAUCAUCAUUUUCAGGUGGCGAGGAAGUAGAAGAAGAGGAUGUAUCCGAGGAAGACCAACAGCAAGCAGGCACCACAUCCCUGGCGAAACAGUGCACCCGAUGCGCCCAUCACUUUUUGGUCGACGAACAAACCGGCGAAUAUAUAACCCAGGAAGAAUGCUGCUAUCACGAGGGCAAAUAUCAACACUAUGCCGGACGUUGGAGUUGCUGCCAAAUGGCCACUGAAUUGGCAAUGGGUUGCUGUCAGAAUGACUAUCACGUGUGGGCCGGCUCGGUGGUCGGUGUCAAUGGACCCUAUCACGAUUUUGUACGCACCACACAUCGUUCGCAUCACGGGAGUGCCAUGUCCGAUUCCCUCGACAAUCCCUCGGUCUAUGCCCUCGACUGUGAAAUGAGCUAUACGGCCCGUGGUCUGGAUGUCACCAAAGUCUCGCUGGUGGCCCUUAACGGUCAGUUGAUCUAUGAGCAGUUCGUGCAGCCCGAUUGUCCGAUUGUUGACUUCAACACACGCUACUCGGGCAUCACCGAACAGGAUCUGCUCGAGGCCAAGAGUUUGGCUCAAGUGCAACGUGAUCUGCUCGAAAUAAUCUCGGCCGAUACCAUACUGAUUGGACACGGCCUGGACAAUGAUUUGCGUGCAUUGCGUAUAGUUCACAAUACGUUAAUCGAUACGUCAAUAACAUUUCCUCAUGCCAGUGGGUUCCCGUACCGUCGCGCUCUACGUCAUUUAACCAAAAUGCAUCUAAAACGUGAGAUACAGUGCGGCGACGGGACGACGGGACACAGCAGCUUCGAGGACUCUCGUGCCUGCAUGGAGCUGAUGCUCUGGCGUGUGCGGCGCGAACUGCUCGAUCCCAAUUGGAGUUGGGAGGACUAGUUAAUAGUUAGUUAGUUAGCUAGAUCUAGGUAGUAGUAGGAGUAGUAGUAGUAGUAGAGUUUCAUCUUGUUUUAAUUCAUCGUUAACUUUUUUUUUCUCUCUCUCUCGGUGUAGUGGGCGGGGGUAGUUUUCUUUUCUCAGUGCGUAGGGACACACUAGGGACGGGAUGACGACAUUGAAUGAACCGCGGGGGGUUAACUAACGAUUGAAAUGAAAAGGGAUGGACGCCAGCGAAAGUACUUUUAGUUUAUAAUGUUUUUAAAUCUCAGCUGUGUUCCCAGCACUCCCUCACUUUCUCCCCCCAAAAUCUCUCUACUUUUCUUUUGCCUUUCGCUAAAUCUAAUUCGAAAUUCUAUCUAUGUUUUAACCUAGUUUCAAAAAGUUGGUCGUUCAAAAAUGGGGAAAAGUGGCUGGAGCACAGCAAAUAGUAUUUAAUAGGACCAAAGAGCAUUUAAACGCAAAGAAAUUUGAAAACUCUUCCCCUCACCCUCACUCAAGAGGGUCAUCCCCCUUUCCCUAGCCACUUUUUGUUUUUUGUCACACUUUCAAUUAAAUACAUAUAUAUAACAUAUAUAUAUAAACAAAAUGAAAUCUCUUUGGGUAUAAAUGCUCUUUGUUAGUAGAGAAAAGCAGAUGAUAUAUAUAUAUAUAUAAAUAUCUAUAUAUAUGUAUAUAUAUAUGAAUAGAUAUACUAGAAACAAAAACGCGAUUGUAUAUCCCAAAAAAGGAAGAAAACCCAAAUACGACACCCAAAUAAGAAAUGACAAAAAAUUUUGAGAAAUAAUUUUUUUUUUAUAUAUAUAUACCUACAUAUAUAAAU